AUGAUCGCAGAUAUCUGGUUGGUUGGAAUAGUCAUUGUUGGCGUCUCCGUCGUGUCCCAUGUUGUUACAAAACUUCGUGCCCCUGGCUUCAAAGUAAAGGGCAAACAUGUGUUUAUCACUGGAGGAAGCUCUGGUCUGGGUCUAGCACUGGCUAAAAAGUAUGCACAGAAAGGGGCCAAGGUGUCUAUCGUCGCGCGAAAUGAGGACAAGCUGGAAGAGUCGAAGCAGGAGAUCGAGAUCGCUUGCAACUCUGAGGUAUUCAUUCAAUCAUGCGACGUAGCGGAUUUUGCAAGCGUUCAGAUGGCCGUAGAGGCUGCCAACAAGUUUCAUGGCCGUGCUACGGACCAUGUGAUAUGCUCAGCGGGUUUCUCUACUCCUGGGUACUUUCUGCAGCAAGACGUGAGCCUACACAAGAAGACAAUGGAUGUCAACUACUUUGGUACGCUGCACGCGAUCAAAGCAGCACUACCUGCCAUGAUACAGCGUUCAGAAGGGGGUAAAGGCGGUCAAAUUGUAUUGGUGAGCUCUGGUCUUGGUCUAAUCUCAUGGAUUGGGUACGCACAAUACGCAGCGUCCAAGUACGCGCUACGUGGACUUGCCGAGUCGCUGCGUAACGAGCUUCUCUUAUAUGGCAUUCGCGUAAGCAUCUUUUAUCCCGGUAACAUUGAUACACCUGGUUAUGUAGAAGAAAAUCGUACCAAACCUGCUGAGACUAAGACCAUCGAAGGUGUGAGCGAGCUGGUGCACCCGGAUAAAGUGGCACAGUCAUUGAUCAAUGGCUUAAGUGAUGGUCAGUUCAGUAUUACGAACGAUCCCAUGAUCUCUAUUCUUCGGGUUUUGGCAAAUGGGGUUGCUCCGCGCUAUAACACAGUGCUGGAAACGGUAUUUCUGCCAAUCUUCAUUUUAAUCCAAGUAGGCUUUGGCUAUUUCAUGGACUAUAUCGUAUCAAAGACGUCGUACUCGUGA